AUGGCAAAUUCCACGACAUCGUACCGCAGUAUCAACUACUGCGGUUGUUUUGGAAGAAGUUUGGAGUCCCUUAGGUUCAACUGGAAAAGGAGGAGAUACCUAUGGAGAGCAAGUUUCUUUUACAAUCUGGUGAGCUGGAUCCUAGUCGUAGGGAUUAUUUUGACCUUUGUGUUUCACUAUUUGAUCACUGGGUUCAGUUUCUUUGUUAACUAUAGCUGUUCCUCAAGGAGUAUACACAUGAUUAGCUUGUUUAUAAUCACCUUGACGAUAACUACAGGAAUUUUGCUCAUUUUGUCAAUUUUUCUAGCUAGGAUGUGUAACAUGUUCUCCAACUAUGCACUGAGUCAUUUCAUGUCUACUGGAAAGUGGCUUGAUUGCUUUGGUUGUACUGUGAAAUGGUUCCCUUGGCUUUCCGCGGUGCUGAUGUGGUUAUGGCUAAUAAUCCAAUUUUCAAGUCUCAUUUGGGUAUUUGUAAACUCUAGACAAUGGUGUGAACGCCGUUUUGAUGAAUCUGCUGUAAAUGCUGUCAAGAAUUGUAGAUUCAUCAUAACCGGAUCUCUACCAUGCAAACUCGAUUUGGAGGCAUUCAAUCAUCAUGAAAUAAGGGAAUGCAACCAUCCAGAUUACCUAAUAAAGAGAAAAAUGAUAGCACUGGCACUUUCGGACAAUGGCUCAUCGUGCAAUAUCGAGGACACAGCGGUCUGUAACGCUUUCAAGGACUUAAUUGAGGAGAAAGAUGUUAACUGGAACCAGCCUGCCUUGACGGGAUGUUUGGGAAAAGUUCCCUCAGACAUGAACGAUUUUAUAGACGAAAAGAACUCUAGUGAUUUGUACAAGUACAUUCUGCUGUUUAACAUCACAUGGUCAGUAGUAUUAGUGCUCAUUGUAGCGCUAUUUUAUUUUAUUAAAAGCGUGACUAUAUUCGACGCUAUCAUUUAUCAACCAAAGGAUCCAUCCGAUAAUAUCAUGAUAAAAAUGGUUAGACCAUUUACUCCUUGGACUAAUUAA